AUGUUUCGAGCCGGUACAAUUCGACAAAUGAGUGACAAGAAUAAACUUUAUCAUGAGUUACAACUUCAGUUGACUGCUGAUGACGAUCCACAACUGCAUGUGUUAACGGAUCGUAUUGAAAGCGAAGUUCAAGGACAGUUGGAUAAAGCCGAAGAAUUGUACGCCCUGUUAUUGGAACAAACAUCGGAAAAGAAUGACAGAGCACACUAUCAUCAUCAACUUUACUACCUAAAAAAUAAUCAAGGUGAUUACAAAAUGGCUAUAGAAUACUAUGAAAAAGCAUUUUGGGAUCAAAGAAAAAACUCUUCCUUCGAAUCAUCCUUCGCUGGCAACUUCGUACAGCAACAUCGGUACGGUCUACUACAGCACCAAGGACUAUCCGAAAGCGCUUACUUAUUUCGAACGUGCUCUUGA